GAGUGCUCCUUAAUUUCUUGAAAAUGUGAGAUUAACUAACUCCUAAUUUCCUCCUAACUUACACGUUCGGUUGAGUUUACACCUUGAUUUGGAUAUUUUCAAAGUAAUCUAGCCUAGUAAGUAAGUAACCAAAGUUCUGUUGUUGGUUGGCUUUUUCUGCGUUGGUCCUUCUGUUAGCACGCGUGCUAGGCAAACACCUUGUGGAGGCACGUUCGUUAGAAACCGAAAUGGGUUCUUCGUAUUUAUUUCGAAGAAGAUGGAUCGUCGCUAUGCUCUUGCUCGUUUGCCUACAAUCACCACUAGCAACAGCUUCUCUUUUGGAAUAUAUCUGGCCGGCGCAGGGGGACUCGGGCGAUCAGUCGACGGCGAUCGAUACGUUCCCAGGAGUACCGUAUGAGCUGAGCGACGGUGAAGAGGAGUUCAUACGGGAAGCAUCGAAAUGGAUCGGAAUGGCGCUGUCUAAACUUGACCUCUGUCAUCAUCGGAUCGUCCUGAAACUGAAGAAAUCCUGCCACGAACUGAACGGGGAGCAGAUGGGCAAGUUGGCGGUGAUGCUGCUCAACUGUCAGUCCGAUUCCGAGGGCCGGCCUCUGUUUCCAUGCACGGAUGAGAUGUCGUUACGCCAGUGUACGGAGCGGAUGGAUUCCGAUACGUGGAACGCCUAUCAUCUGAUUACUAACCGUGCCAAAGCAGUAUGUGCGAGCGUACGGCAUGAACAGUUCCGUGGAUUAACGGAGCUCACGGUGAACAAGCUGAUGAGCACGGCCCACGAGCAGCUGCGGAUGAUGGGUGAGCUAGCGGACAGUCAACAGAAGCUGCAGAGCGUUACUCGGGAAGCUGUCGACGAGAUGGUGGGCAAUAACGAGCGCAUUAUGCACCAGCAAGGCGACAUCAUGAAACUGUCCGAGGUGCAUCGAGCAAAGGUUGAGUCCAAUUUCCGCGAACUGGUGCGCGAGAAAAGUUUAAUCCGAGCCGGGCAGCAGGAGGUGGCCGUAUUGUUGACCGAUUUGCGCGCUCGGAUCGAUGGUAGCAUGAGACAGCUAGAGCAACAGUCCAAGCGCAGCAAGCUAAACCACGAUUCCCUGUUGACCGAUCUAGAGCGUUUGCAGGCAAACGCAGCCGCCAUCGCGGCCAAGAUCGACGAAACCGGACUUCAUUUUGUCGAGCAUCACCGUGUGGCAGAGCAGCAAUACCGCUACACAUUGGAGCAGUUGCAGCGUAUCAACGCAACCGUUGCCAAUGUGCUACAAUCUUUGGGCAGUGUACGAGAUGAUUUCAACCGGCAGCUAACAUGGUUUGCGGAGAAGAUUGGUGGCGGUGAGAAUGCACUCCAGAAGGCGUACAUCAUCUUACUGCACUUUAGCUUUCUGCUCGUCGGAAUGAUCUGUCUAGCCUUCGUUGGGGCAGAUAAACUGUUGCGUAUUGCACUAAUCGUGGCUGUUCCUGGCAAUAUGGUUGGAGGACUGUUGGAUUUGUUUCAACCGGAUAUUUUGCGGCUUUUCAUUGCGCUGGGUUGUAUAGCCCUCGUUGAUGUCAUCGUCCGACUUGUUAUGAAAUAUUCUUCAGCAGGGACCAGAAUUUCCCCCAGGACUACUGUUAAUCUGGGACGAACAAACCCAUCAAUGACCAGCAGCAGUCACGCGACACAGCGUUCCAAUGCAGAAUCACGAAAUUAUCAGGAGAACGCACCAACCGAAAGUGAGGAUGAAGAGGACGAUCGCUAUGACCGAAAUACAAGCCGAUUACGAUCGAUGACUCCCUCUGGCAGGCUUCGUGAGUCUCUCCGUCGAAGUGUCUCACGAUUCAGCGGAACGGAUGAUAUACGGCGCAGCAGAACACCCGUUGGGGCUACGGAUAGAAGAUCGGCCAGCCAAAAUCGAGUGCAGUGCACGGCAAGGACACUGCGAGGUGAUCAAUGUCGCAGCAGUGCCCAAACUGGCAGUGACUAUUGUCGUCUGCAUGGACCGCGUGGCUUAUAGACGAAACUCUUUCUUCUCGUAGCUCUCUUAUUUAUUUAAUUUGUUUUAUUUCGUUAGUUCGCCAUAUCUCGCUAUAGGGGUAAUUAGCUGCUAGAUUGAGUGGGAAUGGAUGGGUUUGAAUUUCUUCAAUUAUUAUCAAUUUAUCCUACGAAAUGGCCGCAUUGGAUUAUAGAAAAAUGUAAAUAUUUUAACUUAUUUUACUGUUUUAUUUCUGCGGCAAAACGGGUUUUCACUAGUAAGCCGCUUUACGUUUGUUUAAGAUGUGUAGUAAUAAAUUAUUGGUGAACGAUA